ACUCGUUAACUUUCUCUCUGUAAAACAAAACACACUCUAUUUCUCUCUCUCUCCUCCUUCCAUGUUCAUUUCUCUCUCUACCUCUUAUGAGCCCUAACUCACGCGCCCAUCAUCGUUAACCAUGUCGCUGAGGAAGGUCUUUCGCUCUCGCAAAUUCUCCAGAUCGUUCAAGGAGCCGCCGGUAAUUGACGCCGCCGAUGACCGCCGUGACGCCGCCGGCGAGGAUGCAGCGCAGGGCAACGGGUGGUCGAGCAUGUUGCCGGAGAUUCUCGGCGAGAUCAUACGGCGAGUUGACGCCGCCGAGGAGCAGUGGCCGCACCGCCAAAACGUCGUCGCUUGCGCGUGCGUGUGUAAGCGGUGGCGAGAAAUGACGCGUGAGAUCGUUCGGUCACCUUCCCACAACGGCAAAAUCACUUUCCCUUCUUGUCUCAAACAGCCAGGACCACGUGACAUUCCCCAUCAAUGUCUUAUAAGGCGGAACAAAAAGACCUCAACUUUUUAUCUAUAUCUUGCCCUUACACCAUCUUUUACGGAUAAAGGAAAGUUUCUGCUAGCAGCUAGGAGAUACAGGUGUGGUACCCACACUGAGUAUAUAAUUUCACUCGAUGCUGAUGACUUAUCCCAAGGAAGCAAUGCUUAUGUCGGAAAGUUAAGCUCGGAUUUUCUUGGCACCAACUUCACAAUUUAUGACAGCCAGCCACCCCAUAGUGGUGCAAAACCAUCAAGUGGCCGAGCAAGCCGUCGGUUCGCCAGCAAGCAGAUAAGCCCACAAGUUCCUGCAGGUAACUUUGAGGUGGGGCAAGUCUCCUACAAGUUCAACCUUUUGAAAUCAAGAGGGCCAAGGAGGAUGGUUUGCUCCCUGAAGUCUCCUGUCUCAUCAGCGGGUGAAAGUUCAGACAGCUUGUCUCUUGAUAACCAUAAGAUGCAUGGUAAAGAACUCGCUGCAUCUGGCUACACAAUCUUGAAGAAUAAAGCCCCAAGGUGGCAUGAGCAUUUGCAAUGUUGGUGCUUGAACUUCCAUGGUCGUGUUACAGUUGCCUCAGUGAAGAACUUUCAGCUAGUUGCAACUGUGGACCAAAGCCAACCAGGAGGAAAAGGAGAUGAGGAAACCGUUCUCCUCCAAUUUGGUAAAGUAGGGGAUGAUACUUUUACCAUGGAUUAUAGACAACCCUUAUCUGCCUUUCAGGCUUUUGCCAUUUGCUUAACUAGCUUUGGCACUAAACUUGCAUGUGAGUAAUAUAAUUUUGGUUUCACUAUGCUUAUUAUUUAUUCCAUGGAUGUUUUAAGUGAAUAGUUAUUUUUCUUAUUUUUUUUACUCGGCUUUGAGUCUACAAUUUGAUUGAAGGAAGAAGCUUGUUGUAAAUGUUAUAAUAUUAAUAGGACAUGACAUCUUCCAUAAUCAAAUAUAUUGGUCUCUC